AUGGCAUAUGAUAUUUAUGAAGAUGUUGACGACACAACUGUUCCUGCAAGUGAGGUAAAGUCAGAGGAACCGAAAAGUGACGAAAAACCGAUAGAAGAAGAGAAACCAAAAACUGAAGAUAAACCAAAACCAAAGUUUAGUUUCCAAACUAAACCAAGUCAACCUUCAUUAGCUGGUAUGGGUUGGCGUCAAAGACUUAUGGCUUCAGGCGGUUAUGUAAAGUAA